AGUUAGAGUUGGAAAACAAUCCUCUUUCGUGCAACUGUUCCUCCAAAUGGAUUCAAAGACAGAUAUCAAAGACAAAUGAUAUGCCAGAAGUGAUGGUCAAACCGCAUGAGAUUGAGAUCAAUGAGUACGAGUCGGGAGUACUGGUGUGCACAGCCUAUGGAUCUCCGCCACCAAAGGUCUCCUGGAAUAUAACCGGACUUCAGUCUAAUGUGACUCUAAAACAGACGCAAACUGUUGUCAUAGAAAAGCCAUUGCAAAGUCAUUCAAAUAAAAGCAAUUUCGAUAAUAAGAAACCAGUGAACGUUCGCAAUGUUACCAAAAUCAGUCAAACACUAUAUCUAAACGAGGCUCACGGGGCUGACAACGGCUAUGUCGUGUGCAUCGCUGAAAACAUUGUCGGCAAAAGCAGAGACUCCACUUUUCUCAGGAUAUUAUCUAUAUACACGCCUCCAAAUAUCGUGGAUAUGGAGAUCGAGAGGAGAUUUUUCUGGUGUAUUAAAUAUCGCAUUACAGGAGUGCCUCCCGUCACCAAAUCCUGGUAUUUCAAUAAUCAACCUUUAAAUAUGUCCGACACUAUCAGAGAUCUCGAAAUGGCUAAUCAAGUCAAAAAUGAUUAUGAAACCGAAGGUUGUCUGGAAAUACAGAGAGCGACUCAUGUGAACGACGGCUUAUAUACUCUAAUAGCUGUUAACUCUUUGGGACAGUUUAACCGAUCAGUUGAGGCCCAGUUUCAUAAGGACGUCAAGCAACUUAUCCGUCCGACACGACUCCCCAAAGGAUUGCCACAUCCUCCGCACCCAUCAAUCAGUGAUACAAUCACUGGAGAACCAGAGGAGACGACGCGUUCACAAAAAGUUUUGAAUUUUACUGAA